UUCUAACCACGUCGGCGGUCCCGGCAAGUGCCUCCUCGUUUGCAACCCUGCCCAACCAACGAAUGAUGGGGAUUUUGCGCGCACGGCGUGGCCUGGAGUGGCUGCUGGGCUUCUACUUCCUCUCCCACGUCCCCAUCACCCUGCUCUUGGACAUGCAGUCGGUGCUGCCGCGCGAGCUCUACCCCAUCGAGUUGAGAAACCUGCUGAAGUGGUAUGCUAAAGAGUUCAAAGACCCUCUGCUACAGGACCCCCCAAUGUGGUUUAAAUCCUUCCUGUUUUGCGAGCUUGUGUUUCAGCUGCCUUUCUUUCCCAUUGCAACAUAUGCCUUCUUCAAAGGAGGCUGCAAGUGGAUCCGCACCCCUGCAAUCAUCUACUCGGUUCACACCAUGACCACUCUAAUUCCAAUUCUCUUCACACUUCUAUUUGAGGAUUUCUCUAAAGCCAGCGGUUUCAAAGGACUAGGACCCAAGACUUUCCGUGAACGACUAACCCUCAUGUGUGUCUAUGCCCCCUACUUUCUCAUCCCUCUUACGCUUCUGCUUUUCAUGUUGCGGAGCCCUUACUACAAGUAUGAGGAGAAAAGAAAGAAAAAAUGAGAGCAAGAACUGCUGGCCCAGCGGAGAGAUGCCCACAGGACAGUUUCCUGUUGGACACAGUUCAAGGAAAACUGCUCAGAACCCAUGUCUUCAGUAGCAUUUGAAACACACCAGCAGCAGGAGCCACAUCAAACCAUCCCCUUCCAAGGGCACGGGCACAGAUCAAUCACCUGAGGAUGGGCAGAGGGGUGUGGGUUAGGUAAUAGGGAAGUGGUGCCAAGUACUUCGUUAUGCUCCCAAGUUCCACUGCUGAAUUACUGAAAGCAGCACCAGACCCAAAACUGGAUAAACUUCUAAGAAACAUGUCCUGCUUGGCAUUUUCAUGUGUCAUUUGAUCCACAAUAUAUGCGCGACUAAUCCCUUGACUCAUGAUUCCCUACAGCAUGUCACUAUUCAGCAAAGUGAAUAGUGGGAAGUUUUGGGUCAUUUUUAAGUUUGAAUUUAUACCUUUUUAAUAUUCAUUAAAAACUGUACCUUCUUCUUUCCACACAGGGUAGGGAGCAGCAGGGGAAAGAAAGUAACGAUUCUGCAAGAGUUUUUAACUUAGUUUUCCUUAAGGUCCAGCCCUGGCAUGACUUUCAAUCAGUAGUGGUCUAAACUAGAUGUUUUGUUUUUGUUUGAAACAGCAUCACAGGAGGAGAGGCUUUUUUAAAGUUUUCUUGUUUAUCCUCUUGCCAAACGUUAGUGCUAUACUUUUACAUACCAUGUGACAGAAG